GAGCAAGAAUAACAUAAACCAGAUGUCCAAAAAUCCAAUUGUAGAGUUGUCAAAUUUCACAUUACCUCACGGACUUGGACACACACACGGGGGAAAACAGCCGUGUGUGUGUGUGUGUGUGUGUGGGAUGACUUUUUGUUCUGGGAUGAUGCUAUAUUUAACGGUUAUCAGAUGGCUGAUACUGAGUGCUCGUAGCUAGUGGUGACGUCAGCGUUUGAGAGGUGAGCUCAUCUGUUUUCAACCCCUUUUUUAGUCACUUCUUCUUAAUGUGGCUCUUACUCCAUCUGGGUGGGGGUGUUAUAUAACACACGUUAGAAUACUAUGUGAACAAGGCUCGUGAUUUCAACUCUCUAUGCACUUCUGUGAUUAUUGCUGUGUUUGCACAACAGAGGUGUGGCUCAGUGCUCGACUUAUCGGUUCCCUUCAGCAUACCGGUCCUACCUCUAUUUGUUGGAACUGUCCGUCUGAAAAGUAUGCAAAACAUGCCGUUUGCAGUUUCAGUAGGACUUUGGAUUUGGUUGCCUUAACCUCGGUUACAUAACAGGAACCUCCAGUACCAGGUUAAUGCUGACAUUAUGAAACAAUACAAUGACUGAUGUGUUCACGUGGUGGAUGUGGUUGAAGGUUAGUUAUGACGUUAGCAUGAUGUGUGCAAAUGUAAAUGUGUAAAUUGAAGCUUUCUGAGGCAAAACUUAAGGGGAUUCUUCCACAACAAUAUAAAAUAGGGGUGUUAAGUGUUAAAUUUUGAGCAGUAAACCUAGCUUUAAGCAGCUUAUAAUCGAAACACAUGUUGAGUUGACGCUAAUAUUUGAAUAGAUAUACAAUCACUCAUUUGGUUUUGAAUUUAGGUAUCUGGACUGAUUGAAUUUCACUAGUUCUGGCUGAGGUUUGUUUGGCCUACAUUAAGCUAAAUUAAACCCAUGAAACCCUGAAAUAUCCUUUAACAAUUACUGUAAUAUCAAAUCUCUGUGAACUUUCCUGAUCAGUAAGAGCUCUACUAAUGAUUCAUGUAGCUCUGCUCUUCAUAUCUGUUUGAGAUUUAUACACACUCUGUCUUAAGGGGAUCUAAAGUGGAGAGCCAGGUAUAAGGACGGCUCGAUUCCUAACCAUCCUCGUUGUGUUGGAGGUGAACUACGAGGACGGCACCACCUCUGAGUUAUUUUUAAGGCGCUCUCCUUGGCAGCGGCGUCUCGUCGAUUAAAGCGAGGAGACGAUUUGCCUGGUGGUCUUGGCACUGUGUGGCUGAACGACAGACUGAGUGACAGGCGGUUGUUUUGGAGGGACUGACUGGGCGUCUGAGGGAAUGAAAUAAAAAGUCACACGCUCUGUACUCUCGAAUGCUGCGUAAGACAACCACUUUGCCCAACGACAAAUGUUUUUUACGGUAGUUCUGACCCAGGUUUCAUCAUGCAUCCUCAGAUCCCAGUCCUUUUUAUCAGGAAAAUACCUGGUCCAAUCAAAUGCAUUGAAAUAGCAUCCAACCUGAUUCCACAUGAGGAACUUAUCUCAGGAGCUUAAAUUACAGAUGUUUUAUUGAAUAAACCCACUGAAACUGAUGUAACGUGCUCCAGAACAAAGCUGUAAUCCUCCUGUUUGCCGCUCGCCUCCUGCAGCUCUCUGAAACAAUAAGAAGCUUUUGUUGUGUUCAUCUUGUGACUCCAGCAGGAACCAGGCCUCCCACAUAUUCCAUCUCUGAACCACAGCGGAUUAAAGCCUUCUCCAGGAGGGCUGGAUGGGUCUGCGUGCACAGUGUUACGAGCUGACAGUUGAAGCUGAAUAUAUCAGAUCGGUCUCUGCUGUUCAUGACCUUCUCAAUGGAGCCCAGGAGAAGUGUGAGCUGCCGCCUAUGGAGGGUUUCCCACACUGCGAGGGCAAGGUCAAGUGGAUGAGGGAGAUGUGGCGCUCUGACUCCUGCUAUGGAAACUAUGGCGUGGACGGAUCCACCUGCUCCUUCUUCAUCUACCUCAGCGAGGUGGAGAACUGGUGUCCUCGCCUUCCCUGGAGGACAAAGACCCUGAAUGAAGAGAUAGACAGGAGGGGACAGGCGGAGGUGCGGACCAGCUUCGAGGAGCUGUACCGCGUCAUGUCGCAGCGCGAGGAGUUCCGCUGGAUGAUGCUAAGGAUCAAACGCAUGGCCGAGCCGUGGCUCAGCGCCAUCCGCUCGCUCGCCGCCAAGCAGAACCUGGUCCGGCGUCGCAGGAAGAAGGUCCUGGUGCACUUGGGCCUGCUGACCAAGGAGUCGGGCUUCAAGAUAGCCGAGAACGCGUUCAGCGGCGGCCCACUCGGGGAGCUGGUGCAGUGGAGCGAUCUGAUCACCACGCUGUACCUGCUGGGGCACGACGUCCGCAUCUCCGCCUCUCUGGCCGAGCUCAAAGAGAUUAUGCGCAAGGUCAUGGGGAACAAGUCCAGCUGCCCGACCCAGGGGGAUAAGGUGGUGGAGCUGAUCUACAUCGACAUCGUGGGACUCACGCAGUUCAAGAAGACGCUGGGGCCGUCCUGGGUGCAUUACCAGUGCAUGCUGCGGGUGCUGGACUCGUUCGGGACAGAGCCGGAGUUCAACCACGCCCACUACGCCCAGUCCAAGGGGCACAAGACGCCGUGGGGGAAGUGGAACCUGAACCCGCAGCAGUUCAACACCAUGUUUCCUCACACGCCUGACAACAGCUUCCUGGGCUUCGUGGUGGAGCAGCACCUGAACGCCAGCGACAUCCGGCACAUUGACGACGUCAAGAGACAGAACCAGUCUCUGGUCUACGGCAAGGUGGACAACUUCUGGAAGGACAAAAAGAAGUACCUGGACAACAUCCACAGCUACAUGGAGGUCCACGGCACCGUGCACGGCACCAGCACCGUGCACCUCCCCAGCUACGUGAAGAACCACGGCAUCCUGAGCGGCCGAGACCUGCAGUUCCUCCUCCGGGAAACCAAGUUGUUUGUGGGUCUCUCCUUCCCCUACGAGGGUCCCGCCCCCCUGGAGGCCAUCGCCAACGGCUGCGCCUUCCUCAACCCCAAGUUCACCCCUCCGAAGAGCAGCAAGAACACAGACUUCUUCAAAGGGAAACCCACGCUGAGAGAGCUGACCUCCCAACAUCCGUACGCUGAGGUGUACGUCGGUCAGCCCCACGUCUGGACGGUGGAUAUCGAAAACCCUGUCGAGGUGGAGAAUGCCAUCCGCUCCAUCCUCAGCCAGAAGAUCGAACCCUACCUGCCCUACGAGUUCACCUGUGAGGGGAUGCUGCAGAGAGUCAACGCCUUCAUCGAGAACCAGGACUUCUGCCACGGCCAGGUGAUGUGGCCCCCCCUCAGUGCGCUGCAGGUGAAGCUGGCGGAGCCAGGUCGAUCCUGUAAGCAGGUCUGUCAGGAGGAGCAGCUCAUCUGCGAACCCUCCUUCUUCCAGCACCUCAACAAGGACAAGGACCUCGCCAGGUUCGGGGUGGACUGUCAGACGGUGGAGUCGAGUGCAGACACGCUGGUCCCGGCGUACAGCGAGACGCGCCGUCACUGCAUCUUCCAGUCCGACCUGCUGCUGUUCAGUUGCGCCGGCGCCCACCAGUCGCUGCACCGCAUCUGCCCCUGCCGCGACUACAUGAAGGGCCAGGUGGCGCUGUGCAAAACCUGCCUAUAGCACCAACACACACUCUGACGGAGGGGACGGGGCAGCUUGUGAGUGUGUGUGUGUUUGAAGCAUCCAUCAAACAACACACACAGCAGACUUUUAUUUUGUGGGGAAGCUGUCUGAACAUUCAUCAUAUUUAUUGUUUCCCGAAGCAGCUGAUCCCCGAGUCCUGGAGGCGGUGUGAAAAUACUUGAAUCAAGAAAGGGAGUCGUGUUGGACUUUCUCCUCUGCAGACGGCGCAUAUCAGAGACUGCUGCCGGUCUGUCUGCAGCCAGGAGGCUCCACCUCCCCUCCAACCCCUCCAUAAACCCCUUAAACCCUUUACUCUUUAGGUAGGUUUGCACUGGACAGCAUGCCUGAAGGCCCAACCCCUCCACACACACAUUUACACACACACGGGGAGGCUAAGAGACGGCUGCUAAAGAAGAACCAGUUUUACACUGUAACCUCUCUUCUGGAUAAAAACGUGAUUUAUUGUAGAUAUCUAGAUUUUUAUUCUGGAGGUUUUAUUUCCUGACGCAUACCCCUGACCCAAGAGAAGUCCUCUAGCCCUUUGUAGACAGGAAGGUGUGUCGGCUGGGGCUGGGCGACGGUAUUGUGGGGUUGACCGUUGAUGCUUUCAGAGACCUUCAUCAGUAAUGUGGAUGUAAAGGAUAGGUUAACAGCUUCAACAGCGGGGUAAACUCCCCACUGCGCAUCAUUUUGCUGUAACGCAGCCUUUAAAACCAGGACUAGACAACACCAUACCCUACAUAUAAGACGAUAUGUAGUGUUUUGUCUCGACGUAUCGCCCAGCCCGAGGGUCAGACACGCGCGCUCGAUGUUCAUACUCUCUCAUUUAAUUUGCACACUUGUUUUAAAGGUUAGAGUUUAUUGAAAAGUGUGUGUGUGCUUCUAAAAGGCCAGUAAUAUUCCAGCACAUCAUGCGGUACUACACACACACCGAGAGGAUGAGGGAGGGUCUUUCUCCAGAGCUGAGGCUGUUUAUGGUGUCGUAGACGAGGAGUCAACAAGAUGUUUAGCAAACACUCCACACCCUGCAGAGGAACGGGAAACCCCCCUCUGUCGGGGUCCAAACGAACGACAGAGGAGCCACGCUCAUCUCCAUCCUCCUGUGAAAUCCUCUCAAGGCGACGAAAAAACACGCCCACGCAAAACCUCGCAUCUCCUCGUUGCCGUUCCUUAGGAUCCCAAUUCGCCUCCUGCAGAUUUGCGAAGAAAAAGAUUAAGAUAAAAGUCAAAUUUGGUAGUUGUUGUGGUGAAUGGAAACGUAUGCACUACGGUAGUCUGUUCGCAGAGGUUUAGCGAGACGUUAGUACACUGUAUAUUGUUCAUAUGGGUUUUAAAGUUUUCCUUUUUAUUUAUUUUGUAUACAGAUCUUUAUCGCUGUGUUUUGCUGGAAAUCUCUGUUUUGUUUUUUUUUAUUUAUAAGAGGUGGGUGAUUUUUAUUUAUGGAGAGUAAUUUAAAAUAAAAGCUUGCUUAUCUUCAAGUGUAUGUUCAAGAGGAGGAAGUGGGGGGCUUUGUCUGCUGCUGCUCAGCUUCAAACAGUGAUGUGCAAAACGUUCCAACAUAAGGGAUAUUGUUUUGGUCAUUUUCUAUAAAAAUACUAAAUUUCAUGAUUGAUUUUGUGGAUUUUUAUAGAAGAUGUUAAAUAUUAUUAACCCUGGUUUGAUAUUUUAUCCCUUAAGGAUCUAAAAACAUGCAUGAGGAUUGGUUUUACAUCCAUAGUCUGAAACAGGGAUGCACAAUUGGGAGAAAAGGAAACAAAUUACCAUUCUUUUGGGGGUAAUGUGAUAUGAUUCUCAUCCUAGAGGGGCCAGGAAAAAUAUAUUUAAAUGGUGUGAUUUUUUUUAACAGGAUCUGACCCACACAAGGAUUUUUUAUUAAGUCUGUAGAGCACCAGGACUUCUCUGCUUCACCACAACACGUCACUCAGAUAUUUCCCCAUUUUUUGACUUCGAUAGUGUUUUUAAUAGUUGUGCAGAACAUAAACCCCUCUCCUCACUGCGCAUUGAGCUGGACAGCAGUGGGUUUCCUCCUGUGACGUUGACAGCAGCCUCACACACUUUGUGCUUUGAUUUCCAAUCUCAGUUUUUCUGUUUGCACACGGAGUGAAUUCAUUCUGUGCUCAGACUGAAUUCACUCCUUUUUACUUUUAUAAACAGAUCAGAGAUCUGCCGCCAACUUUUCAAAGAACAUGACGUGCCUUUUUCAUGCUUCAGUUUCUGUUGGAUGAUCAGCAGGCCAAAUAUCCACUGAUUUUCUUUCUCCUGAAUCACUUUUAUUGUUCACUUUGAAUUUUGUAUCUAAUUUUAAUAUAAUACUGUUAAAAUCACCUAAUGAAAUCAGUCCAAACCUUGUGAUUAGAUAUUGUAGUUGCUGGAAAAGUAAACAGAUCCCAGAGACAUAAGGAAGAGUAACACCAGUGUUUAUUGAGCUUAGCAAACAUUACAGCCUAUCAGUGGAGUUACAUGUUUGACAGUAAUCAGAUCUGCUGCACAUCUGCUUUCCUUUUUCAUAAUUCAUGUAUAGUUUUCCUCCAUGCAUACACUAGUGAGUAAUCAGAUUACUGCUGCAAGUGUUUUGUCUUAAACUGAUUACUUUCUGCACGUGACUUCCUGCAGAUAACAACAGUGGAGUUUUCCUUUCAUUUACAGGAUGAAUCGUAAUAUAUUCUACACUUUAUUAUUGUCAACAGAUCUAAUUGAUGGACCUCGUCGGUCUGUGGGUUUGUUGACAGCAAGAGAAACAUAAGCAGACUAUAUCUUAUGUUCGAUCGAGUAAGGAUGGCUGAAUACAAUGAGUGGAAAUCAAUGGUUUUAGUUAUUUUUUACAAUAAAAAAAGGUGAAAGCCGGGUAAACGUGUGUUGUUGCUGCCUUGUUUACUUUCUGUCAGUCAAAGCAUGCUGUUCUUGAUCAGAUUAUCAAAGUGAACAAACUGGUUUCUUCACCAUAUCUGUCUUUGUGUACCUCGGCAUUGAAUGUCUCCAUUGUAAACAAACAAACAAACAAACAUGCUACGUAAAGUCACGCGGACAUUUAUCAAUCUUUGUUUAUGAAUCUGAAACUCCAGAGCGGGGAUGACGCAAUGACAAAUUCUUUUUUUUUGUUUCCACAGUCUUGACGAGUAAGAGGGAUAUAACUUUAUUUUUAAAUAAACCUUUUUUCUGUGACAAAAGG